GCAGUGUGGCAGACCGCGCCGCCGGCUGGCUGUGUGGGUGGUGUGCGUGCCGUGCGUCUCUCUCCCGGAGAUCGUUCUGCGCUCGGCGCAACGGAGUCUCGUCAUCGGCCGAGCUCGCCGCUGCCUGCUCGUCGUCUUGCGGGCCCCUUUUAGCGCUGGAGCGCGAAGAGCGCUCGAACUUCUCAGCUGUGAACGCCGCCGCUUGGCUUCUCUCUCACACGUGCUCACCGAGUUCUUCCCUUCGUUACCCGUAGUUUGUUGCGGACGCAUUUCUCUUCCAUUCUUUCUCCCGCCUUCUAUCGUAGAGGUCAGUGCCGGGAGCUGCAUCCACCAACACCGUGGGUUGAACUUCGCGCGCCUGCCAUCACCGUGUGCCCCUUUUGUUGAUUGCGGUGUCUGAGACGGAAGCUUUACUGUGCCUCUGUGUUCUUAGCAUUUUUCUUUUCUUUCCGCCCGUUUCUCUCACACUUCUUUUUGUGUGUGUGCGUGCGUGUUUCGAACCUUCGUACGGGUUGCGUGAAUUGGCUGCGUCGCGGAAGAUGUCGCCGAAAGUUUGCUGCUCGGACCGCGAACGCGGCACUCGGAUUUGAAAUGCCGUCAUCUGACGACAUCGUGUUGCAACGUCGACCAGUGCCGGUGGUGUCACGGAGAGUUUGGAUUACGUGCCCCAUUCCUCAACGGACGCGGAGUUGGGCACGGUGGUGAGCUGCGGCUGCUGCUCGCGGAACACGUGCCCACCUGCCCGUGGAUGACUGCCCCAGCACGGCGCCCGCCUUCCUCGGGCGGCGCCUCAAAGACACCAAAGCGGAAACGGGGCCACCACUGGUGGAACCCGGACUGGUCCGUGGCUCUAAUCCACGGACCACCCUGCUUCCAGCUCUGAUCCCCCCGCUACCCCUUGAGUGCCCCGGAGAUCCUGCGUCGCCUGUUUUCUUAUAAUCUCAGUGGCUGGCGAAGGACCAUGUCCAGGAGGGCACUGGGCAGCACCAGCGGCACCUACCACGUCCAAGCCUCCGAGUCAGCCCGCGACGCCAAGAGUGUCAAGACCCUCCGCUGCAUCGUCUUCUUCCUGGAUGACAGCCAGCACACUUUUGAUGUUGAGAAACGAUCCAAGGGCCAAGUUUUAUUUGACCUUGUCUUCCGACACUCCGAGCUGGUGGAAAAGGAUUACUUUGGGCUGCAGUUUUCAGAAAAGGCAUCGGCCAUUGAUGGCAUGAGGUGGCUCGAUCCUGUAAAAAGUAUCAAAAAACAGAUGAAAGUUGGACCUCCGUACCUGCUUUACUUUCGUGUAAAGUUCUACGUUUCUGACCCGAGCAAACUUCAGGAAGAGUGGACGAGGUACUACUUUUUUCUUCAACUCAAGAAGGACAUCCUAGAAGGGAGGUUGGUUAUCCCACCAGCCACGGCAGCUCUUCUUGCCAGCUACGCCGUUCAAUCUGAACUGGGAGACUACAAUCCUGAUGAUCACAAGCAUGGCUACCUGGCUGACAUGAGAUUAGUGCCUCAUCAAACGGAAGAGCUGGAGGAAAAGAUUGCCGAGCUGCACAAGCUGCACAAAGGCCAGAAUUCAGCAGACGCAGAGUUCAACUUUCUUGAGCACGCAAAGAGGUUGGACAUGUACGGUGUGGAUUUGCACAAGGCAAGGGUAAGGGACUCUACACAAGCUGAGAUUCAGCUUGGCGUGACGUCCUAUGGUCUCGUAGUUUUUCAGAACAACAUACGCAUCAACACCUUCUCCUGGGCAAAGAUAGUGAAGAUCUCAUUCAAGAGAAAACAGUUCUUUAUUCAGUUGAGAAGAGAAGGGACUGAAAGCUACGACAAUCUCCUCGGCUUCAACAUGCUGAGCUACCGGUCAUGCAAGAACCUGUGGAAGUCGUGUGUGGAGCACCACACCUUCUUUCGCCUGAACUUGCCCCGUCCAACCACCAAGCGGUUUCUCUUCAGCCUCGGUUCCAAGUUCAGAUACAGUGGCCGAACAGAAUACCAGACACUUGAAGACAUGAAGAAGAGGGGCCUAGAUGACCGGCCUUUUCUCAGGUCCCCCAGCAAGCGUUGCAUCCGACAGACAGUGCCGACGCCCACAGAUGCCCGCGACAAGCCGUCCAAGAGCCUGCCCCGAAUGAACGGGACGUCCAGCGCACACGUGCGCCCCUACGACAGCUUCAGCCACAAAGUACAAAUUUCCGGGCCCGAGUACCUGCCGCGCAAAGCCUGGGUCGACGGUGCCCUGGAUGCCCAAGCAUUUACACCUGCCAUUCCUCCCAAAAUGAUCCGAUACGCUGAUGACGACUCUCUUCCAGAGCUGAUAAUGGCGAACGGCUCGGCUGGCGGCGCGGACGACGUCGGGCCCCCGCCGGUGCGCGUGUGCAUGCGUCCCGACGCCGAGGGCCGGUUCGGCUUCAACGUGAAAGGGGGCGCCGACCAGAGCCUGCCCAUCCUGGUGUCCCGGGUGGUGCCGCACACGCCCGCCGACACGUGCUCGCCGCGGCUGCGCGAGGGUGACCAGCUGCUACUCAUCAACGGCCGGGACGUGGCCGGCCUGUCGCACGAUCAGGUGGUCAAGCUCAUCCGGGCGCCCAAGGACAAUGGAGAGCUCGUGCUCACCGUCAAGGCGCAAGUCCCCGCAGGCGAGCAGAUCGAGGAGCCCGACUUUCAGUACAUUCCGGACUCUGCAGUGGCGGGCCGGGGCAACCGCACCGGCGGGGGAGCGCUGGCCGAGUCGAUGCUGCUCUUGGCCGAGGGUCUCGAGAGCGGCGCCACCAUCGCCCAGUUUGAGCAACUUUACCGCAAAAAGGCAGACUAUACAAUGAAAUGUGCCAGGCUGCCUGCCAACCUGUCCAAAAACCGAUACAGAGAUAUCUCCCCAUAUGAUGUCACUCGAGUCAUCCUUCAGGAAGGUACAUCCGGGGACUAUAUAAAUGCUAGUUAUGUAAAUAUGAACAUCCCCACGUCGGGCAUUGUAAAUAGGUACAUAGCCACACAAGGUCCUUUGCCCAACACCACAAUAGAUUUUUGGGAGAUGGUUUGGGAGCAGCAGUGCACUCUGGUGGUGAUGCUGACAACACUGGUGGAGCGGGGCCGCAUCAAGUGUCACAAGUACUGGCCAGACCUGUAUGAAACAGACACCUAUGGCCACCUGCAGGUGUCCUGUGUACGACAGAAAGAAACACCAUCCUUUGCUUUUCGUGAAUUCACCCUCAUAAACACACAGAACCGGGAGGAGCGGCACAUCACCCACAUGCAGUACCUAGCGUGGCCGGAUCACGGGGUGCCCGAAGAGGCCUCGGAAUUCUUAGGCUUCGUGCAACGCGUCAGGAGAAGCAGGGACGGCAUGGUGGAGCCCACUGUGGUGCACUGCAGUGCGGGCAUUGGCCGCACGGGUGUCCUCAUCCUCAUGGAGACGGCCAUGUGCCUCAUCGAAGCCAACGAGCCUGUCUACCCGCUCGACCUCACACGUGACAUGCGGGAUCAGCGCGCCAUGCUCAUCCAGACCUCUAGUCAGUACAAGUUUGUUUGUGAGGCUAUCCUCAAGGUGUACAAUGAAGGUGUUGUCAAGCCUUUGCCCGAGUACCAGAGAUGCUUAACGACCACCGUCUGAUGAAAGGACAAACGAACACACGUCCUCUGUCAGCUCAUGCCAGAAUACAAGGACUCGUUCAUCACUGACACAACUGCAGCACUGGUCCUCAUUUUGCCGCAUUCGCUCUCUUCUCGUGCGUUCAUUUCACAAGGCCCACCCUUUCUACCACAUGGCAGCACCACUACAAGUAUGAAGCUUGUGGACUGUGGAGUUUAGAAAAUCUAAACUUGCAUGAUGAAGAAUGACGUGAAUUGGCAAAACAUCCGCACACUGUGUGUGCGGCAGCCCUGACUGCGUCAAGAGCCACGCAAGAGCCUUGCUGCCACCACUCGCUGCAUCUAGUGUGUGUGCAUAUGAUGAUGACGUCGCACCUACGCCGUGUGAAACAUUUUACAUUUUUCGUGACGAUGCGAGUGUCACCGCUUCUCCCAGUGAAUCCUCGUCAUGUAUUUAGCACUCCAUCUUGAAGAGACUGUGCAAAUGUUAUCACCGUCUUGCUGCUGCUGCAGCUGCUGUAUUUUUAUAGUGCCCUUUUUAGGAUUUUUUUUUUUUUUGUACAUAAUGGUGUGAACUUUGCCAUUGUAGAUAAAUGUUUGGAAACCCUGUUACCGUCCCUUCAUUCCUUCUGGCCUCCUGGUAUCAGUGUGCACAUUGAUGUGAUAGAAGGAAAGCUAGACUCCCCAUCACCAUUUUUAAUUUAGAAAAGAGACCGCCAUCUUUAUUUUGUCAUUUGUCUUCUUUUUUUUCAUUGAAGUGCCACGUUUUUGGAUUUCUUGCUGGCAUGAGCAGGUGGUGUUGGUAGCUGAAAAUGUAUUGCUUCUCAAGAUACAUAAACUGGGCAGCAAGGUACACAGCAGUGUUAGUGUAAAAAUCCAGUGGUAUGUGCAAUGGAGUAUGAAUGCAAGUGAGUUUAUUCACUUGGGUUUGGUAGUGCAGCAAUGUUAUAUUACGUCAGUAGAAGAAAUGAACUGCUUUGAAAACUCUUGCUGCAUCACCAAACACACAGAACUGCUCAUAUUGAGGAUGCAGCUUUCAGCUAUUAAUGUUGAGCUCAGCAGGUUGGAACGUGUUUCGUGUUCCAACGCUCUUGUAUGGGCCUAGCGAUCUCUCUAAAUAUUUAAACACUCUUCUGUGGCAUUUCUCAUAUUCAAAGCUUCAGGUAUGAAGAAAAUGCAGGAUCCGCUAAACAGUGAGUGGAUGGUACUAGAUUUCACAUAUAUAUAUACACAGUCAAACUUUGAUAUAACAAUUUAACGAAAUUCGUGAUGUAACAUAUUAUUUUUAUUUCCCAAUCUUAGUUCCACUGAAUUAACAAAACCUCGAAUUAACGAAAUUUGCAAUAUAACGAAGUUUUUCGCUGCAAGUAUAACUUCGUUAUAUCGAGGUUCGACUGCAGUGACAAAGAUGAAACAGUUAAAAGCUAACAGCCCGUGCGUUAAUUUCACUGCUCUGCGGAAGUAAUGAUGGAAUUCUCAGUGGGAAAAUGUUUGAAGUUACAAGAUAUGGGAAAUUUGGUGGUUAUAGGAACUCGCGAUUGUCAGGACAUGACAUACAAGUUGUAACUCCUUGCUGUACAAGACAUACCAGCUAACUUCUGUCCAUUCGAAACACCCACAAAAUUUCUGCAAGUGGUCAAAUAGUCCACCCUUGAGUGAAUUACAAGAAAAGGCGAAAACCGUUUUCCAAUAUGCGAUCACAUCCUUUAUCAUGUAUUCAAAACUGUCAGUUGCUGCUAUUACAGACUUGAGAUGUCAUGCUGCAAAAAGCAUCAGCGUGGUUGAACACUUCUGCAGCAUUGGCCUCUUCAGAAGAAAACGCUUCUGCCACAUCAGCUCUUAUUAGCAGGCUGUGCUCUGGAGAAUUGCCGUCGCUCUCUUCGUUGCCAAUCACUUUGGCGUUUAUGGAGCGCACAAUUUUGGUGGGGGUCCAAGGAUCAUUAUUAAAAAGAAUUGUUUAAAAGCUUCUUGAGAGAUGCUGCCAAAUGCAGCUUGAAAAUAAGUCUUUAAUCUUAACGUCUGCUCCUCUCAGUGCCAUCCAGACAGCCCCAGUGCCCCAUUUGCCUUCCUUACAUUCUUCUUUGCAUUGGCCCACCAACUUAGCGUCGCACUUGCAAAUGAAUUGGUGCAUCAGCUUUCACUACAGUGCUCAUUCCUUUGCAAAAGUUAAGCUGUCUCAUUUAUUUAGUUAAACUAUGGGUUUUGUUCACCACCCAUUGACUAUUGUAGUCGUUCUGUGGCUAAACACACAUGAUGUCACAUCCAAUGGCUUGAUAGCUGCUUCAGUGCGACUAAUCCACUGCCAAGGGUAGUGCAGUUACAUGUGAGCACAUCUUCCAAAGCAUGUCAUUUCCAACAUCAAGCUGAUGGAUGUCGGCAUCAAGCCCAUGGGAGUGUAUUGCAUCUGGUCAGAAUUCUUUGACACAACUGAAUGAACAUAAAUUAAUAUAAAUGGAAGCCAUGCUGUGUUAUUUUACAUAACUUAUGGAUCCUACGUGACAAAAAAAAAAGACAAAAUCAGCAUGAACAAGUACAAAUAUGCGUUUUGUUAAGUUUGGCUCCAUUUAUGCUUACAGACUGCACAUUUUGUGGUGGGGAGCAAGCGCAAGCAUAAUCAGUAAGCCCAAGAUGCAACGUUUGCUGCUUCUGCCAUAGUUUGACAGAGCGAAAUGUGGCAUCAUUCCUAGUCUUUAGGCUUGCCUUGUUGAUUAAUGCACAUAAGUGGGAAGAAAAAAAGCACAGGAGCCCGAUAACUUUCCAAAUGCACAUGCACUUUCUUUGAGUGUUUUCUCAGUAAGGGUCCUCCUACAGGCUUAACUGAUAGCAGCAUCGACACCUGGUGCUUCACAAGGUGCCCUGCACCACUAGCUACAGGGCAGCCGCUGAACGUCUUGGUUAUAGUUAUUCCGCAGAAGCACGACUAAACUUUGCACUUGCAGUUAACUUGCAUUAUUUCAGACUCCUACAGAACACCGCUUUUUCUUUGAAACAGGGUUGCACAUUUUUAUGCUAACAGAAUUUGUUUAUGCUUGCUUUCCUCUGCACAAUUGUAAACAAAGCAUGGAUGCAAGACUAAUGCAAGGUCUGUGAAUAGAGAGAGAAAAAGUGUUUCCAUGCACACACUGGCAGAUAUUGGACCCACACAUGCAUGACUGGUUGGGUUGGUCGAGCCAUCUUGUAUCCACGUCUGUCAGUACACACAAUGACCAGAGUAUAACAUGUAGGCACAUGUUAGCUUUCAAGCCUGGUUCGUGACUGUCGUCUCUACGGCUGUUCUUGCUACAUGACUGUACCGUGAGAAGCCGAAAAGUUUGAACAGAAACGUCACUUGAAUUAAGCAGCUUUGAAAAGCAUGGAAAACAGAGUCGGUCAACAAAUAUUUUAAGAUUUGUUUGAAAUUGAUCAGAGCUAAUUACUGCCCAUUGGCUGUAUUUGCUGUGCCCUGCAAUGUAUUGGUGUAUAUACUAUCGGCCAAAAAUGAAAUGCAAUCCAUAGAGACGGACAACUAUAGGUCUGUAUUGUAGAUAAAUGAAAUGCAGGAUUUCACAGUUCAGAUGACAUUAUACAAGCUACUGUGGCCACAACAUCAGGCUCAACUGCACAUGUGCCGAUGUCUCAUAGCUAUGUUGCGCAGCACCCCUCGUGUGAUAUGCCAAAUGGGGGUAAGGCAUUUGGUGUACUGAUAAAUAUAGAUUGUGCAUGUGUUGGGGCACUGCCACCGGGCACCAAUAUUGCACCUCAUUUACGACCAUCUGGACAUUUUUUCCCGCAGAUAAUAAAUGUGAAUGGCAGUACACAUCAAACUCUUGAAACUUGUUAUUCAUUUUCAAGAUUUGUCUUCGGCUUCUUUUAUAAAAGAAGAAGGCAAGCCUUUUUUUCUAUUAUGUUUUCAUCAGUUACUAAUGUAUAUUUUAAGGCACAUUUACCCACUUUUCAUUAGUAUCCGUACAUCGUUAUCCUGAAUUAGAAGAAUGUGUAAUACACUUAUAAUGCAUAAAAAUCUAGUGCUCUGGACAAAUUUUGGGUGAUCCAGCCUUAUUUUUUCUUUUUUCUGUACUCGCCAUCAAUAAAUUGAAAUGAGAUGAACUGCUUUUGCAUACAUUUUUGUAAUGCCCAGUGUGAACAUGGUUUUAACAGAAGUGAGUUUUGAUUGUUACAACUUUUUCAGUCGGUUAUGGUAGCAUUGUAGAGGCCAUGGAUGUACGCUCUCCAGCAUUUGGCUUGAUGCCGCAUUUCUGCCAUUCUGUUAAAUCCAUCUAAUUCAUAGUUCAGUUUUUUUUUUUUUUUCUCUUGCAUCAUUUACACAUGGGUUCCAAACUUCCUUGCUUCUUUGUUGACCGCACAGAUGUGCUUGCUAAACGUCACAGGAAUGAAAGUGUUGGAAGACUUACUUCGUAUAUCAUGUUCCACUAGUGAUAAAAACACAAAAAAGGCGAGGCAGUCUAUUUUGCACAAGUGUUCUCAAUGUUGUCUUGACGUGAAUUUCUUAACGCCCCUUCUCCACACCCUCUUUGUAGUAUACCAUAGCAGUCAAGUAUGCCAACAGGGUUACCUUGGCUGUGGUUUUCUACAGGAAAUGUUAGGUAGAGCAACCACUCUCACAACCCUUUCUUUGGUCAUUCUUAUGGAGCAAAUACCAGAGAAGGUUCCCAUUGAGUGCUCCUAGCCAAACGAAAGCCAAGUGCCCACGUUGGAAAUUCAAAUAAGGAAAUGAUUCUGCAAUGUCAGUAUCUCUUGCUCGUAAGGCUUUUCAUGAAUGGUGCACUGGUUUAUAUAGCCACAUAUCUGUACCACUGCCAUCAACCUGUUUUGCACUUGAUGUGUGAGCAGCCAGAGAAAAAAAAAAUGCCAUUUUUAAGAAAGCUUGAGUGAUGGUGAUGCUAAGCCAACAAAACUUCUGCUCUCUUGUCUACAAGAUGUGUUUGAGCCAAUGUUGUUUAGUGUAUGUGUACAACGCAUAUUUUCCUGUCCCGACUAGUGCAUCCUGUACAUACUAUGUGCUUUGUAUGAUUGUGCGUGUGUGCAUAUGACCACUUCUUACAGCAUAACGUGAUGUAUGUUUUCACUUUCCAGUGUACCAUCCUUCUGUUUUCUUUUUAAUGAUCUAAAAGCCUGCUUUUAAAAUGUGGCCAUCUUGAACAGACGUCCACUCCUCAAAGAUAUUAAAUGCCACAGCGUUCUAAGCGAUGCAAAGAGGAGAAAGAAAUUAAAGAAGUUACACAAAACAUA